GUAAAGGUUGACUGUCCCGCAAGCCUCACUGAGCUUGAUCGAAUUAUCCAAGAUGACAAGGGCGGAGGUUGAGGCCGAGCAGGACAAUGUGGAGGAUGUUGACAACGACGAUUCGGAGCUCAGCAGCGUGGAGGAUGAUGGUCCUGACGCUGAGGCCGAUGACGGCACCCCUUCCAGGAGCAAGCAGAGCCGCUCUGAGAAGAAGAGCAGGAAGGCAAUGCAGAAGCUCGGCAUGAAGCCUGUGCCGGGCAUCACCCGUGUCACAAUCAAGAAGAGCAAGAACAUCUUGUUCGUGAUCCAGAAGCCGGACGUGCUGAAGAGCCCCAACUCGGACACCUAUGUCAUCUUCGGCGAGGCCAAGAUUGAGGAUCUGAGCGCGCAGGCCAGCGCGCAGGCUGCCGAGCAGUUUGUGCCCAAGGAGCAGCCCUCUAUGGCUGACAACAAGGCCGAGGCGAUUGCUGCGGCUGACGACGAGGAGGAUGAUGGUGAGGUUGACGAGUCUGGCGUGGAGGCCAAUGACAUCGAGCUGGUCAUGACACAGGCCAAUGUAUCGCGCAAGAAGGCCGUCAAGGCACUCAAAAGCGCCGAUGGGGACAUUGUGUCAGCCAUUAUGGAGCUCACCAUGUAGAUUGUGUGCCGAUGUCCAACAUCAAAGCGGGGUGCAAAGUUCAGCAGCCCCUGAGCUGGCAGCCAGCAGUUGCACUGUGCAGGACAUGUACUUUCUACAGUGUUGGAUCCUUGAUGUGCUUUGUGUGAACUGGCGGUGCUGUGUCACAGCAUGCUUGCUGAUGAGCCGGUAAUGCAAUCGCAUGAUCAAUAUUUACUUGACCAGCUGAUGUCUUGCGGCCACUGCGAGUCCAUGUGAUGCCCUGACCGGUAC